CUCUCUUUUUUGUUUCGUAUCGAAAUCGAAUAGCGAUAUUCACACACGGGGGGUGUGGGGCGGGGAGAGAAAGACCUUGGGCGCUCUAGGGUUUAUCCGUCUUUAAUCCAGUCCCACCUCAACGUUUUACUCCCCUCUCUGCUUCAUCUCCGAAACCAGAAAUUCGAUUCACAGCGGGUUAUCUAUUUGAAAGAUUCUUUUAAGCUUUCCAAUGGUGCUAUUCUUUCUGUGGUGUCGAAUUCAUAUCUUCUGAAGAAGGGUUUUGAGCUACUCCUUCUAAUUUUUUUUUUUUUUAUCGAAUUGUCCUUUUUUGUAUGACUGGGAGAUGACAUUUGGUUGCGUUGUUGGGGGUCGUCUUCCUCUUCUCUGAGUUAGCUUUGUCUAGAAUUGGGUUUCUGUGAACAGCUGAACGUUGCUAAACUUGCAGUGAGGUUAUGGAGAUACAGACUUCAGGGAAGCCAAUUGAUUCCUUGCUGGAGAAGGUCUUGUGUGUCAACAUCCUUUCUUCGGAUUAUUUUAAAGAGCUUUACAGAUUGAAGACUUACCAUGAAGUUAUAGAUGAGAUUUAUAAUCAAGUUGAUCAUGUGGAGCCAUGGAUGACUGGAAACUGUAGGGGCCCUUCGACAGCAUUUUGUCUGCUGUACAAAUUUUUUACUAUGAAGCUCACGGUCAAGCAAAUGCAUGGCCUCUUGAAACAUCCUGAUUCUGCUUAUAUUAGAGCAAUUGGAUUCCUCUACUUAAGAUAUGUAGCUGACUCAAAAACUUUGUGGACCUGGUUUGAGCCUUAUCUCAAAGAUGAAGAGGAAUUUGCACCAGGAUCAAAUGGUCGCAUGACAACAAUGGGUGUAUAUGUGCGUGAUUUGCUUCUUGGACAGUAUUACUUCGAUACCCUUUUCCCUCGGACACCCGUUCCUAUCAUGCGACAGAUUGUUGCAAACCUUGAGAAGAUGAAGCUCCCUUCCAAACACUCUGGUGUCACGGGGGAAUCUAGCCGACAUGGAUCUGAUGAUACUGCUCGUCGACCACCUUCUGUGAAAGCUGCUCUUUCAGUCUCCUUCGGUCAGCGUGCGCCCCAUCGUGCUUCCACGAGGGAUUCAUCACCAGUUAGGCGUACACUGCCUCCUCAUGACAGAAACAAUGGGGAUGAUGCUCGAAGAUCUCCCAGCAGCCAUCGCAGCCGGAGCCGUGAAUUUUCUGAUCGUGACCAUUCAGACAGGGAUAGGGACCGGGACCGGGAGAGGGAAAGGGAAAGGGACAGGACUAGAGAAAGGGACAGAAAUAGAGAGAGAGAAAGGGAUAGGGAAAAAGAUAAGGAAUGGGACAGAGACAGUGAGAGGGAGUGGGACAGGGACAGAGACAAAAACAGAGAUAGGAAACAUGAGUAUGAUCGACAUGGGGUUCAUGAGAGAAGAGACUAUCACAGGUCCAAGUAUGCCGAUGGAGAUAGGGAAAGUAGCAGACGGGACCAUGAGAGUACUCGUCGUGAUGGUAGCAGGCAUAGAGAAUCUACCUCUCGCCGGAGUAGGAGUAGAAGCCAAAGCCAAAGCCGAAGCCGAAGCCGGAGCCGGAGCCGGAGCCGGAGCUUACAAGUCCACAAUCAUCAUCCGAGUCCACCUAGAGAUGGAAACAAGGAGAAGACACCUACACUUGCAUCUAGCAAUCUGGCCAAGUUGAGGGAUCUAUAUGGGGAUACAGGCGAUCAAAAAGGGUAUAGCGGCCCAGAUAGGGGUCCCAAAGACAGCAGCACUGAGGAGGUGAUUAGACUUGGUGGUUCUACUUGGAAGUAGAAGAAGGUUACUCUUCUAUUAGGCAUGUGGAUGCUGGAAUAUGUACUGGAUGAUGUAAAAUGUUGUCUUUGCUUUGGCCUUGCUUUCUAAUCAGGUUUAGUGGAAAGACGAAAACUUGUGCUCUGUUGGGACAAUAUUCUGACAAUAUAACACUUCUGCGACGUGUAAUUUUUUGUUGCUAAAUGUUUAUUGUAUUGCAGUUGUAUGUGCAUUGAAAUUUUCAUGCAACGAUGACUUGUUUAUCCAUUCUAAUUUAAUGCACUCUCUUUUAAGUUA